UGCAGUCCGGACUCUCCCACGGAGGAGACCAGCAGGCAGCGUGGGAGGGGUCUUCUUCAGCACACACUCCCCAACGCCUCGCCCUUGGGCCAGGGCAACUCGCGCUCGAAGCUUCAGUUUCCCUAGCCCGCAGAUCAGCCCUAAGAGAGAGGGAGAAGGAUGGAGCUAUGGCCCCCCACCCUUACCCCAGUCUGUUACCCGCCUCCCAGUCCCUCCCCACGCUAACUCUCCGGGCGUCCUCGCUGGCUGCGGGCGGAGCUCGGUCCGCCGCGCUCCGCGAUCCCCGGCUCCCGCCCCUUUCCUCGUCCCUCCUCCCCGGAGCCCCCCAGCGGCCCCGGCCGACGCCGUGUAGCCCCGCGCGGCUCCAGCAGCUGCCAAGGGGCCAAGGGAUGAGCUGGGGCCCUCCUUCCCAAUGGCAUCCCCCCCUGGGCUGGAACUGAAGACACUGAGCAACGGUCCGCAGACCCCAAGGAGACCAGCUCCUCUAGGCCUUGGGGCCCCAUCCAGGGAGGGUGUGGAGAAUGCCUGCUUCUCCUCAGAGGAGCAUGAGACCCAUUUCCAGAACCCGGGGGUCAUCAGACUGGGCAGCUCUCCCAGCCCCCCCGGGGGUGUCCCCUCAAGGCCCCGAUCCCAGCGGGAUGAUCUGUCCCUGCAUUCGGAAGAGGGGCCAGGCCUGGAGCCCGUGAGCCGCCCGGUGGAUUAUGGCUUCGUUUCUGCUCUGGUUUUCCUGGUGAGUGGGAUCCUCCUGGUGGUGACAGCAUACGCCAUUCCCCGUGAGGCCCGCAUCAACCCGGACUCCGUGACGGCGCGGGAGAUGGAGCGACUGGAGAUGUACUACGCCCGCCUGGGGUCCCACCUGGACAAGUGCAUCAUCGCGGGCCUGGGGCUGCUCACAGUGGGCGGCAUGCUCUUGUCGGUGCUGUUGAUGAUCUCCCUGUGCAAGGGCGAGCUCUACCGCCGGCCGACCUUCGUCCCCGGCAGGGGCUCCAGGAAGACAUACGGCUCCAUUAACCUGCGCAUGAGACAGCUCAAUGGGGACGGGGGCCAGGGCCUGGUGGAGAACGAAGUGGUCCAGGUCUCAGAGACCAGCCACACCCUGCAGGGGUCUUAAAUAAGAGCCCGCCUGAUCUAGCUGCUUCAGCUCCAGGGCUGCAAGCCCCAAAGGCCACGGGUUUUAGACUGAGCUCCACACAGGGCCCUGGGGAAAGAGUCUUAAGUGCUGGAAGGGGAGUCGGGGGCCUGGCUCAGGCUCCACCAUGCAGGGCAGCCCCCUGGUCUGUUUUGUAGCUUCAGGUUUUGCAUAAGGUUUUGUUUGGAGGGUGGCUUCCACUGCUAAAAACACAGAAGAUCGGUAACUGCUGCCCUUGGAGGAUGAGGUUUCUUCGCAAUUCUCAGCACUGAGAGCAGUUUGAAAGGCUGCCCAUCCUCUUCUUUAUGCCUCGGGGAAUUCUGGGAUCUCUGGAGUCCUCAUCAGCAAAGGAUGGGUGUUAGGUGCCUUUGGAGGAGUCCCUUUCGGCCCUGACCAUCUAAAGUGGGGGAUAGCUUCACCAUGAGGGAAGUAGUCAGCACCGGGGUGACCAUCCCCUCUCCGGGCCAGUCCCCCUGACUAAAAGUGAGGGUUGUACUGGACCGUCCCUUGGGCUCUCCAGGUCAGCCCUGGGAAUGGGUGCCCAGUAUCUGCUUCUGGCCACCUUUUUGAGGGGAGAAGGGUGUCUGGCAGGAGCUCACCAUUCUCCGUGCCAUAACCCGGCCUGGCCUCGGUGGCCGCCAGUGUCAGACAGCUGGCAGCUGGCACUCCUGCUGGAGUUCCCUAGGUCUCCCGGUGAUGCCGGGUUAAAUCCAAAAUUCAAGAUUUUGGUCUUGGGGUGAAAUUUCCUGCAGUGACUAGGUCUUAGCACACAUUUCACAAAGUCAAGUGCACAGUUUUCAGCAACUCCCGUAACAAGAGGGGUCUUUUACACCAGGAGGGGCGAGGGCUGUGUUGUGUUUCUGUGGAUGCGGCGUGGGCCUGCACCCUCACCCCUCCUCCGGAGUGUGUCUCUUGUGCCUGACUUUCUUCUGAUGGCAGAAAAAACAAAUGUUUUUUUGUUUUUUGUUCUGAAUUUGUAAUGUCUCCUCCCCCAUUCUUUGCAACAAAGUGCAGUUCCAGAAUAUGUGGGGAGAAAUCAGGCACAUUUGGGGGGCCUGGAGACUCCAGCCACAUUGAUUGCGGUAUGUUCUGUUUCUGUUGGGGAGUUUCCAGGCUCCAUCCAGACUCUUUUUAAACUUCUGGCAGGGAGAGAAAGUGGGUUCUAGGGGGCAAGGAGAUACAGGUGUCUGAGGACUGGGGGACACAUCGUCCACUCUGAAUGGCCCUAGAAGGCAUUGAGAGUACAAGCCUUCUAGACCCUAAAGGAGUCAUUUCCGUGAGCCCCCGACUCCGUGCAGGUCCUACUCACUCCACCUCAGCGGGCCUCGUGGGCCGUGGAUCCUGAC